AUGAUCAGCGCAAAAAAGCUCAUAAGAAUUGCAAGGAAGUGGCGCAAAUUAUCUUCUAUAGGGAGGAAAAGAAUUCAUUUUCUCAGAAGUGACGAUGCUGAUAUGAAUCGAAGCCCUUGUAAUCCAUCCACUGUGGCCGAGAGAGGCCAUUUUGUUGUCUACACCAUUGAUGAGAAGCGUUUUGAGAUGCCCUUAGCUUAUCUCUACACCAACAUCUUUCAAGAGCUCUUCAAGAUGUCUGAAGAAGAGUUUGGGCUGUCAAGUUCGAGACCUAUCACAUUGCCGUGCGAUUCAGUCUUCAUGAGCUACGUAGUCUUACUCAUCCAAAAGGGUGCGACCAAAGAUUUAGAGAAAGCUUUGAUCAACUCCAUCAACAUCUCUCGCUGCUCGCUGGCCCCUGAUCCAUGUACAAGCGAGCAGCUUCUUGUUUGUGGUUUUUGA